AUGUCCGGAUUCCAAGCACUCCUUGACGCUGCACACUAUGCAUCCCAGGAGCAGCACUCGUAUGCAAACUACGAGUACUCGUCCACCGCGUUCAAUGACGCGUCGUGGGGCUUGUGCACCGACAAUGUCCCCACCUUCGAGCCAUCCUCCCCGCCGUCCAUGCCACACCUCAUGCGAUGGAGCGGCGAGCACGGCCUGACCCCGGCCUUUAGUACGCCUCGCUCAUUGACCGGCCCUUCCUCCAGCUCCUUCCCUCGCGCUGCCGCCGGCCCUCAACGUCGAGCCAAGGCGCACAAGCGUAGCGUACGCUUUGCGUACACGCAGACGACUGCAGAGGAACGGCGCGCGCUCAAGAAGCGCCCGUCUACCCCCCUACCGACGCUCUGCAAGGCGUUGCCCCCAUCCCCCGCCUCCGACCUCGGUGCCCCCUCCUCUGCGCCCUCCUCUGACUCGGAGUCCUCCUCUCCCCCGCGUCUCCCCAAGCUUCGCAUCGCCGCUAGCCAACAGCACAAUAUAAUGCCACCCACGGGCACGACGCAUCCUGGUCAUAUCUCCCCUUACGGAUCCGCCGGCAGCGCGUUCCCAGCGCGGGGGAAGCCAAUGGGAGAGCCACAGGAGUAUCUCGACGCGCGUCUGCGCCGGCACGCCUUUCGGCCCACAGAGCUUCUUGCAUUCCAGCCGCUCUGA